AAUCAAAUAAAAAUUACAGCAAAACUUCAUAAAAACAAAAUAGAUUACAUAAAGUUCACAACCACUACCGACAUGGUAGAUCGAUAGAGAAUAAUAAAAAAAUUCAUCAAAAAUUCCCAAAAAAUAUAUAAAAAAAAUCCUCUGUAAAACCACCGACCCAAACCCAAAAUCUUCAUCAUCUUCUUCACUCUCACUCUCACUUUACACUCAAAUACACCUUUUCUCUGAUCAAUUGCAAAAACCCAGAUUCUGAAUUUCGGGUUCGGAUCAUCCAUUGAAUAGGGUAUAUUGAGAUCUCUGAAGAAGUGCAACAAUGGCGGUUGCUGGGAGAGGAGGAAGAGGUGGGUCCGGGUCGGGUUUGAUGGGUAUACGAAGCAUAAUGUCAUACCCGAUCUUCGUUUCCGUCAUUUUCUCUCUCCUCUUCCUUGCUGCUCUUAAGCUUCUCUUCACUUCUCCUUCUUAUCCAUCUUCUUCAGAUCCUGAAUUGCCAACAACUGGGAAUGCAUAUAUUCAUAGGUCAUUUCUAGCUUUGAAGUCAGAUCCUCUGAAAACCAGGCUGGACUUGAUUCAUAAACAAGCCCAUGAUCAUGUCAUGCUUGUUAAUGCCUAUGCUGCCUAUGCACGAAAGCUGAAACUUGAUAAUUCUCGGCAGCUUAAGCUGUACGACGAGCUGGCCCAGAAUUUUACGGACAUGAUAUCUAAACCUGCUUAUCGUGCUGCUUUGUUUGAGACUGAAGGCACUGUGGAUGAGGACGUCUUAAGGCAAUUUGAGAAGGAAGUGAAGGAUAAAGUAAAGGUCGCAAGGCUGAUGAUUGCUGAAGCUAAAGAGUCAUAUGACAAUCAGUUGAAGAUUCAGAAAUUAAAGGACACCAUAUUUGCAGUUCAUGAGCAGUUUCUUAAAGCGAAAAAGAAUGGUGCAAUUGCAAGCUACAUUGCUGCAAAAUCUGUGCCUAAAAGUCUUCAUUGUCUAGCUAUGAGGCUUGUUGGAGAGAGAAUCGCCCAUCCAGAGAAGUAUAAGGAUGAAGAGCCGAAACCUGAAUUUGAGGACCCAACCUUGUAUCAUUAUGCGAUAUUCUCAGAGAAUGUCAUUGCUGUAUCAGUUGUUGUGAAUUCUGUGGUGAAGAAUGCAAAAGAGCCAUGGAAGCAUGUUUUCCAUGUGGUGACAGAUAGGAAGAUUGUUGCAGCAAUGAAGGUUUGGUUCAAGAUGAGACCUGCCACAGGGGGAGCCCACGUUGAAGUGAAAGCUGUGGAAGACUUCCAGUUUCUAAAUCCAUCAUAUGUGCCAGUUCUUAGACAACUUGAAUCAGCAAAGUCACAAACUCGUGACUCUGAAAAUCAGGCAGAGAAUGCUACUAAAGAUACCAAGUACUUGUCGAUGCUGAGUCAUCUCCGAUUUUACUUGCCUGAGAUGUAUCCUGAUCUGCACCGUAUCGUGCUUUUGGAUGAUGAUGUUGUGGUUCAGAAAGAUUUGACUGAUUUAUGGAACAUUGACCUAGAUGGUAAGGUGAAUGGGGCUGUUGAGACAUGCUUUGGGUCCUUCCAUAGGUACUCACAGUACUUGAACUUCUCUCAUCCUUUAAUUAGGGAGAACUUUAAUCCCAAAGCUUGUGCAUGGGCUUAUGGGAUGAACAUAUUUGAUUUGGAUGCUUGGAGGCGUGAGAAAUGCACAGAGCAGUACCAUUACUGGCAGAACUUGAAUGAAGACCAUACCUUGUGGCAGCUAGGAACGCUUCCAGCUGGCCUGGCCACUUUCUACUUGAAAACAAAGACAUUGGACAAAUCUUGGCACGUCCUUGGGCUUGGUUAUAAUCCAAGUGUGAGCAUGGAUGAGAUUACUAAUGCAGCAGUCAUUCAUUUUAGCGGGAGCAUGAAGCCUUGGCUUGAUAUUGCAAUGAAUCAAUACAAGGAGUUAUGGAGCAAGUAUGUGGAUAAUGACAUGGAGUUUGUGCAGAUGUGCAAUUUUGGCCUGUAGAUGUUUACAAUCCUUCUCUUUCAGAAAUAAGGUAACUGGAAAGUGUUAUAUAGUCAAAGAUUCAUCUGAGUUACUCGUACAUGUCAGUUCUGCUUGCAAGCCCCUCCGAUAAGUUUAGUUAUGCUAACUCCAUUCUUUUUUUCACUCCAUAUUGGUCUUAUAUUUUAUUUUCUUGAUCCCAUUCCAUCUUCCUUCAGCCACGAAGGUGCUACUGUUGGAUGUACUAAAACACCCAGCUUGGGUGGUUUAUAUACAGAUUUACAGAAUGUAUUUUUUAGAGACACUUUAUGUGACUGGAUUUAUCAAUAUGUAGACAACAUUUUUGAUAAUUGAUCAAGAUUACACGCUGUUAGCUCUACUUAGUUUGUAUGUAUGGUUGACUUGAUGUAUUGAAGGUGGUUUACAAUGGUAUUAUUUUGGUUGCA